AUGGGAAGUAUCAGAGAAGCCAGCCACGCCGGCUCAUGGUAUACAUCCAACCCCUCCACACUAUCCACUCAACUCGAUGAAUGGUUAUCCCAAGUCCCCUCCUCAAUCGACGAUACAAAAAUACCCAUUCCAGGUGCCCGAGUAAUAAUCGCACCACACGCAGGAUAUUCGUACUCCGGACCCGCCGCAGCCUGGGCCUACAAAUCUCUCGAUCUCUCCUCCGCCAAACGAAUAUUUCUUCUAGGUCCAUCACACGCAUGGUAUCUAUCGGAAUGUGCGUUAUCCAAACACUCUACAUACGCUACACCACUUGGAGAUCUGAGGAUCGAUCGAGCAACUGUUUCGGAACUAGCCCAAACGGGAGAAUUCAAAACGAUGAAUAGCGAUCAAGAUGAAACAGAACAUUCUCUCGAAAUGCACCUUCCAUACAUUUACAAAAUGCUCUCUUUGAAUUUCGAUUCUCCAUCCGAUUUUCCACCUCUAAUCCCCAUCUUGGUCGGAAACACCAAUGCGUCUACCGAGAAAAAAUUCGGCGCAAUCUUAGCACCCUAUCUCGCGGAUGAAACCAGUGUCUUCAUCGUGAGUUCCGAUUUUUGUCACUGGGGUCCUCGAUUCCAAUAUACAUAUUAUCUGCCCUCCGAUUCCUCCACAGAUGCAAACGAUACAUCAACCGGGUACUCAUUAUCACGAUGGGACAAAUCCCCCACACAACCACCCAUCCACGAAAGUAUAGGAAAACUAGACAAAUUAUCCAUGGAAGCGAUAUCCGGAGGAAAACAUCAAGAAUUCCUCAACAACCUAGAAGAAACAGGAAAUACAGUUUGUGGACGCCAUCCAAUUGGUAUCACCAUGGCAGCGAUUGAGAAAUUAAAAGAAGACAAAUUACUGCAAAGCGACAAGGGUAAAUUUAAAUUCGUGAGAUAUGAACGAAGUAAUGAGGUAGUAAAGGUAGAUGAUGGAUCCUUUGAACUCUACAGCAAAACUACUAGGUAUAUAGGUAUUAAAUGA